GUCUUUGUCAAAUUUAUCUGGCUUUGCUCUUUUUUGUAGAUAUAAAGAAAAAAUUCUGAGUAUGCUCCUUCAUAGGUGAGAGAAUUAAUUGCUGAACUUAUCUUUUCAAGAAUCCUUCUCUUGUUCAAUCUCAUCAGUGAAGGUGAAGAAAGGGAAAAUUUCUCAUCUUUUGAGGAGUUUGCUUCUCACAACUUAGAAAAAGAAAAAAAAAGAAAAAAAAAAAAAGAAAACGAAAUGGAAAUCGUUAGCUCCAUUGUCACUAAGGCUGCAGAGUACACGAUCUCUACCAUCAAAAACCAUGUCAAAUACCUUUGCAAUCAUGAGAACCAGGUCCGGACCCUCAAGAAUCAAGUUGAGAGCCUGAAUGAUACAAGAGAAAGAGUACAGCAUUCGGUUGAUGCUGCUAUGGGAAAUGGGGAGGAGAUUGAACACGAUGUCGACAAGUGGCUGACUACCGUCAACAAGAAGAUCUCUGAAGAAGUAGAGAAAGUAAUGCAGGAUGAAGAAAAAGCAAAGAAAAAGUGUUUCCUUGGCUUGUGUCCUAGUUUCUGGACUCGUUACAAGCUUAGCAUGGAAGCCGAAGAGGAGGCGAAGGCUGUCGCUGAGCUACUCAAACAGGGCAAAUUUGACAAGGUUUCGUAUCGUGCAGCUCCACAAGGUAUCAUGGUCGCAUGUGUUAAAGGUUUCGAAACAUUCGAGUCAAGAACGAUGGUUUUCAAUGGAAUCAUGGAGGCACUGAAAGAUGCUAGUAUCAACAUUAUAGGGGUAUACGGGAUGGGUGGCGUCGGCAAGACCACGCUAGUCAAAGAAGUUGCCAAACAAGUCAAGGAGGGCAAGUUAUUUGAUUCCGUAGUUAUAGCAACUGUAACUCAGACCCUUGAUGUUGAGAAAAUUCAAAACCAAGUUGCAGACUUAUUGCGUUUAAAAUUUGAGGAACGGAGUAUGGUUGGAAGGGCACUUAGACUACGAGAAAGAUUGCAGAAAGAGAAGAAGAUUCUUGUUGUUUUGGAUGAUAUUUGGGAAAGAUUAGAUCUCGAGGAAGUUGGGAUUCCUUUUGGCAAUGAACAUGAGGGAUGCAAGAUACUGCUAACGUCUAGGGAUCUCGAAGUUCUAUCAAGUGGGAUGGAUACUCAGAAAAAUUUUGCGGUUGGCCUUUUAAAUGAAGAAGAAGCCUGGGACCUGUUUAAAAAGAUGGCUGGUGACUGUGUUGAAAGUUGUGAUCUGCAGCCUACAGCUAUCGAGGUAGCAAAGAAAUGUGCGGGACUGCCGAUCGCCAUCGCAACAGUUGCUAGGGCUUUGAGAAACAAACGUUUGUUUGAAUGGAAGAGCGCUUUGCGUGAACUAAAGAGACCUUCAUCAAGAAGCUUCACAGGGAUAACAGAGGCUGUAUAUUCAGCUAUAAAGUUGAGUUACGAUUAUAUAGAAAGUGAGGAAGUUAAGUUGACUUUCUUGCUUUGUAGUUUAAUCGGUCAUGAUGGUUUCGUUAAAUACUUGUUGUAUUACAUCAUGGGUUUGGGUUUCUUUCAUGGUGUCAACACAAUAGAAGAAUCUAGAGACAAAGUAUUGACAGUGGUGAGUAAGUUCAAAGCGUCUUGUUUGUUGCUUGAUAGUUAUAACGAUGAACGGUUUGAUAUCCAUGAUGUUGUUCGGGAUGUUGGCAUAUCAAUUGCAUCAAGGGACCACCAUAUGUUUGUGUUAAGAGAUGGUGAUGUGCUAAAAGAGUGGCCCGAUAAGGAUUGCAGUGUGAUUUUUUUAAGUUCUCCUAAUAUCAAUGAGCUUCCUGAUGAGUUGGAGUGUUCACAUCUUUCCUUUUUCCGUAUGCACCAUGAUGGUUCAGUGAAAAUUCCAGCCAACUUCUUUAGGCGAACAGAAAGACUCAAAGUCUUAGAUUUGACUGGAAUGCAGUUUCCAUCCCUACCUCAGUCAAUUAAUCUCUUAACAAACCUUCACACGUUGCGUCUACAUCAAUGUGCACUGGAAGACAUAACCGUCAUUGGAAAGCUCAAGAAUUUGGAAAUCCUUAGCCUUGCAUACUCAGAUAUUAAAGAGCUUCCCAAGGAGAUAGCACAAUUGACUCGGUUAAGGUUGUUACAUUUGAGUCAUUGUACAAAACUCAAAAUCAUCCCACCAAAUAUCUUAUCCAAUUUGUCCAAAUUAGAAGAAUUAUAUUUGGGUGAUAGCUUUGCUCAAUGGGAAGAUGUAGUACUUGGUAGUGAAAGGAGAAAUGCUAGUCUUGAGGAAUUGAAGCAUUUGUCUCAUCUAACCACUUUGUAUGUUAAUAUUCCGAAUGCCCAGAUAAUUCCAGAAUGCCUGUUCAGUGAAACAUUGGACAGAUACAAGAUUUUUAUAGGUGAUGGUGCCCGGGAGGGGUUCGCUGAGUACAAAUGCUCAAGAACACUGAGAUUCAAGUUAGAUACAAGCAUUUACUUGGAUCAUGGGGUGAAAAUAUUGUUGAAGAAGACAGAAGAUUUGUAUCUAGAUGAACUUGAAGGUAUCAAGAAUGUAGUUGCUGAGUUGAAUAAUGGUGAAGAUUUUCCACAUUUAAAGAAACUUCACAUCCGAAAUGGUUUGGAAGUCCAGUAUAUAGCAACGGAGAAAACUCAGUUUUCUCAAUUACAGUCCAUGACACUCCAAGAUCUACCACAGCUCAUUAGCUUUAGCUCCGAAGACAAGAUGAGUUCCACAUCCCAGCAGGAGCAGGGGAAGACAAGCACCAAGCCGCUUUUCAAUAAACAGAUUGUGUUCCCUCAAUUGACAAGCUUGCGAUUGUCCUCAAUUAAGACCCAAAGGAUAUGGCACAGCCAGCUUUCAGAGACUUAUUGUUUUUGCCUUCCGAAUUUGAAGACCAUCAUCAUUGAGGGCUGUCAUUACUUACAACAUCUGUUGUUACCCUCUGUUGCUAGAAAUCUGGUACACCUUGAACAGUUUGAGAUAGUAAAUUGCAAGUGCUUAAGAGAGAUAAUAUUUACGGGGGAAUUAAAAGAAGAACAGGAAGAUGUAAUUUGCUUCCCUCAAUUAAACUCCCUGGUAAUAAAGGAUCUUCAAAAUCUCCUCAACUUUUGCUCAGGAAAUUAUAAUAUUGCGUUCCCCUUACUGAAAGUGUUGUCGAUUAAACAAUGCCCUAAAUUAAAGGAAUUCAUUAGUGAAACUAAAAUGGAGGGGAAAUAUGAGUCCAGUAUACAGGCUCUCUUCAAUGAGAAGGCUGCAGUUCCCAGCUUGAAAAGGAUGACACUUCGCCACUUGAGAAAUGUGAAGAAGAUAUUUCAUGAUCAACUUCUAGCAGGUUCCUUUGGCAAAUUAGCAGAAAUGAAUGUUGAAUGCUGUGAUGAGUUAUUGGCUCUUUUCCCAUCUAAUAUGUUGGGAGUACUUCAAAGUCUAGAAAACCUUAAAGUGUACAGAUGUGAUUCACUAGAACAGAUGUUUGAGCUUGGGGUUGGAGGGUUAAAUAUCAAAGAAACACAUGCUGUAGAUUCUCAACUAAUGGAAUUGUGUAUUUAUAAUCUACCAAAACUGAAGCAUGUAUGGAAUAAAGAUCCCCAAGGAAGUCUUGCCUUUCAAAAUCUACGAGAUGUAAGUGUUUGGAGAUGUGAGAGUCUGAAAAAUCUAUUUCCAGCAUCAAUAGCCAAAGAUCUUCCCCAACUCGAAUAUCUAUCAAUAAGUCGUUGUGGGGUGGAGGAGAUUGUGUCCGCAGGGGAUGGAUUGGAGCAGCCGGUUAGGUUUAAGUUUCCUCGAGUGUCUUCACUGGCGCUUGCAAACCUAACGGAGCUUAAAUGUUUCUAUCCAGGGCAACAUACAAUACUCUGGCCGAUGUAAAAAUUGGAGACAGCUUGUUCUACUUUAAUAAAGAUAAUAGCUUCAGAAGGCUUUAGUAUCCAUGACAGACGGGAAUCCAUAAAAGGACAACCACUUUUCUUGGGUGAAGAGGUCAUUCCCAAAUUAGAGGAAUUGCGGUUAUCAAAAAUGGAUGACAUUGCAAUGAUAAGUGAUGCCCAGUUUCCCGCUGACUUCUUUCACCAUAUUAAAGUUUUUGAGGUGGGAGGCUCCAAUUUUCCAAUUUUUUUGGUCCAAAAAUUGCACAAUCUUGAAAAUCUUAAGUUCUCUCUUUGUGACUUCGAAAAUCUAGUCUUUUGUGAAGGAGAUGUUGGUGAAAAGCCUGAUGCUGGGAUCCUCUCACGAAUUAGAAAAUUAAAUUUGAAUUAUUGUAAAAAUCCGAGUCUGGUACAACUAACAAAAAUGACGAUACAAAACUGCGAGAGGAUGACAGCAAUAGUUGCAAACGAAGAAGAUGAGAAUGAGAUCACUUUCGGCAAGCUGAAAUAUUUAGAACUCCAUUAUUUACAGAGCCUCGCAAGCUUUUGUCGAGGGAAUCACACCUUCACAUUUCUAUCCUUGGAAGACUUAAUUGUGAAUAGCUGUACUAGCUUGAAGGUUUUUUCUCAGGGAGUUUUAAGCACCCCACAAUUACAGAGAGUAAAAGAAUCACGUUACGAUAACAAAGGGCGUUGGGCUGGUGACCUUAAUACCACCAUACAACAGUUGUACACCGAAAAGGAUGAAUAUCAUUACGAAAGGAAUUUGGAGCUUUCAGACACAUUUUCCGAGUUGAUGGAAACAUGGAAUAGAAACCCUCAAGAAAUUUUGGACUUCAAAAACCUUGGAAGUUUGAAAGUUUGUAAUUGUAGCAGCUUGAAGUACAUUUUUACCCCCUCAAUGGCUUUGAGCCUCCAGCAAUUAUUCAGAUUAGAUGUAAAAGAAUGUCCCUCGAUGGAAGUAGUCAUCGUGGAACACGGAGUCGAGGAGGAAGCAACGACAGAUAAGUUCACGUUCCCUAAGCUCAACUACAUAAAAAUUGAGUCAUGUUCCAACUUGACAAGUUUUUAUUCGGGAAGUCGAGCUCUUAAAUUUCUAGGGAUGGGCAAAAUUAGGAUAGUGGACUGUCCAAAAAUGAGUGCAUUUGCUGCUUCUUCAUAUUCAAGGGACAAGGAGAAAGAGACGGGUGGUGAUGGAAGUGAAAAAGGGGAUAUUACUGCAACUUUUUUCAGCGGCAAGGUUGUGUGUCCCAAAUUGUACGAUUUGGAUCUGUCCUCAAUUAACGUUCAAAAGAUAUGGCAUAUCCAACAAUUAGCAUCCUCUUUUCAUGUUCAGAAUUUGGGAUGGAUUACGAUAAAGGGGUGUCACAAUUUGAAAUAUCUAUUUCCAUCUUUCAUGGUAAAACAUUUUGUACAACUCUGUAGCCUUUCGAUUUUGGAUUGUAAGAGCAUGGAAGAAGUAAUCAUCAUGGAAGGAUUGACAGAAGAAGAAAAGAUGAGCAACAUCAUGUUCCCCACUCUGGUUUUCCUAGAGCUCGAAGACCUUCCCAAACUCAGAAGAUUCUGUUACGAAACUAACAAUGAAUUCCCCUUUUUGAAAUCGCUAAACCUAAUAAACUGUCCUGUAUUGAAGACAUUCAUCUCUAAAUCUAUGAUUGACGAAGUUGGGGAUGAACCUCAAAUUGAUCAGAAUGCACAAGGAAAUAGCUCGGCUCUCUUCAAUGAAAAGGUGGUCUUCCCUGAGCUAAAGACGUUAACAAUCAAAGCUAUGAGGGACUGUAGAAGGAUAUGGCAGGACCAACUCACUGUGAAUUCGUUUUGCAGACUAAAUAAUAUAUGGGUCGAAGGUUGUGAAGCACUCCUAAGUGUCUUACCGUUCAACAUGAUGGAAAGACUUGAGGAGCUAAACAAGUUGCAGAUUGUGAAUUGUGAUUCAUUAGGAGAAAUAUUUGAGCCACAAGCACUCAUUGCUAAUCGAUCACAUGCAAUAACAACUACUCAAUCGAUUGUGGUAGAAACAGAGGCCAAGUUUGUAUUUCCCCAAGUGACAGACCUUCGUCUUGAAAAAUUGCCCAAAUUGAAAAGUUUUUACUCUAAGAUACUUGCCACAGAAUGGCCAUCAUUGAAAAAAAUGGAGGUGAUUGAAUGCCACAAAGUAGAGAUAUUUGCUGCAGAAUGUCCUUGCUUUGGAGAAACACAUACAGAGAGUCAGGUUAAAAUCUCAAAUCAACAGCCGUUGUUUUGGGUCGAUGAGAUUACGUUCCCUAUUUUAGAAGAAUUAAGAUUGAAGCAGAACGAUACUGUGAAAGGGACAUGGCAUAGCCAAGUACUCUCAACAAAAUGUUUCAAGAAACUGAAAGUUCUUGAGCUCAUGUGCAUUCCUGAGAAAUCAACUGUUCUUCCAUAUUGCUUCAUCCAGUCAUUACCAAAUCUUGAAAAGCUAGUUCUGAGUGAUGCUUCCUUCUGUCAAAUAUUCCAGUCUGAAGAACUCAGUGAUGAGCAAAGACAUGCAUUGACACUCACUCGGUUAAGUGAAUUGAGGUUGUCUAAACUUCCAGAGCUAACACAUCUCUGGGAGGAAGGGUUUCAACCCAUACCAAUUUUCUAUAACCUGAGAAUUCUUGAAGUGGUGGAAUGUGGCAAAUUAAAGACUUCAGUGCCAUCUUUGGUGUCUUUCGAAAAUUUAACCAAUCUGGAAGUUUCAAGAUGUCAUGGAUUCAUAAAUUUAAUAGCAUGCUCAACGGCUAAGAGCUUGGUGCUACUGGAGAGAAUGAGCAUAACUGAUUGUGAGAUAAUAGAGGAAAUCAUAGCAUGUGGGGGUGAUGAAAUGGAAGGUGGCAUUGUUUUCACCCGAUUGAAGUAUUUGCAACUAAGUUGUCUACCAAGUCUAGCAAGCUUUUGCUUAGGGGAUCACAAAUUUGAAUUCCCAGUCUUGGGAAAGAUGAUUGUGAGAGAGUGCCCAAAAAUGAAGAUUUUCUGUCAAGGAGAUUUAAGCACACCAAAACUGAAGCAAGUGCAAUUGACAGAGGAGGAAGAAAAAGGAAGGUGGGAAGGCGACCUUAAAACUACUAUAAAACAGCUGUUCGAAGAAAUGAAUGCUGGAAAUUCUGAAGUGACUGAGGUUACCAAUUAGUUGCCCAAGCUGGAAUAAGGCAAUAUGCAUGUUUUGGUGCCUAUGAGACAGGCUCAUUUU